AUGCCACAAAAACAUGUUAAAACCCCCCAAAAAACAUCAUUCUCAUCAGAAGUGCCGGCAGUACCUGACUCCUCCAACAGAGGGCGGCAGACGCAUCAAGCCAGCUGUUUGGAAGGGUGCUUGUGCGCGCGGGUGUGCACGCGCCUCCGGCUCUGGCUGUUGUCAGACUGCAGUUUCUCAUCGGAUUUCUCUCAGCCUUGUUGGGGUUUCAUCCGGGGAACAGAAACACCGCCAGCUCCCCGUCAUGGCUGCUGCGCUCACCGUGCUCCUCUGCUGCUGCCUUCACGCCAUCGCCGCUGCAGAACCCAACUCCAAAAAAGUUCGCUCAGUACUGGCCCUAAAGAGUGGAGGGAAUGUCCUGAGUACAGCACUGAGACGCCACACCAGUGCUUUUUCAAUGAAGAGCACACGACCAUCUGGACUCAGUACAGCGUCCAGCUUCGCUCUAGGGAUCGAGCUGUCCUCUACGAUGAGCUUUUCUUCUACGUUCAAGAUAUUGUGGAACCGGAUCCUCCGGUUGGUCUGAACUGGACCCUGCUGAACGUGAGCUUGACCGGCACUCACUUUGACAUCAUGGUGAACUGGAGGCCUCCAGAGUCUGCAGACGUGAAGAUGGGGUGGAUGACCCUCAGCUAUGAGGUCCAGCACCGCAGCCUCCACUCUGACCACUGGGAGGUGACAGACCUCGUGUCGAGCACUCAUCGUACCCUGUACGGCCUUCAAACCAAUGUUAACCACGAGGUUCGGGUCCGAUGUAAAAUGCACGGCAUGACAAGAUUUGGGGGAUUCAGUGACUCUGCAUUUGUUCACAUCCAGUCUAAAGUGUGGAGAUUCCCAGUGGUGGCUUUGCUGGUCAUGGGAGCCUUGUGUUUGGUGGCCAUCCUGAUGUUAGUGAUCAUAUCUCAGCAGGAGAAGUUGAUGGUGGUUCUCCUGCCUCCUGUUCCUGAACCCAAAAUUAAAGGGGUUGAUUCUCAAUUGCUGAAGAAAGGGAAGCUUCAGGAGUUCUCGUCAGUCUUGGGUGGCCCCCCUGAUUUGAGGCCGGAGCUGUACAGCGACCCCUGGGUGGAGUUUAUUGACCUGGACAUGGAGCAGCAGAGCGACAGACUGACCUGCCUGGACACAGACUGCCUGAUGGACUCCUCCAACUGUUCUCCGCUCUCUGGUCCCUUCAGGGACCACGACUCUGGACGCUCCAGCUGCUGUGAGCAGGAUCUUCUCUGUGAUCCCAACGCAUCACCAGACCAAAUCCUCCCAAAAGAAGCCACGAGCCAGCCAGACUCCCAUGUGGGAGCUGGGGUUCCAAGUCUGGGCAGAGAUGCGACAUACACACAGGUCAGCGAGGUCCGAUCCGGUAACGUGAUGCUAUCGCCUGAGGAGCAGGUGGAGGAGGAAGAGGGGAGGAAGGAGGCUGCAGAUGGUAAAUGUUACGGUCUUCCACCAACCGCUGCUCCUGCGUACACCGUCGUGGAUGGCAUCGAUGCCCACAACAGCCUUCUCCUGACACCCAACUCCACGCCAUCAACAGCCCCAAAGACGCUGCCGGCCCCAGGCAGCUACCUGAUUCCUGACCUGUUGAGCAGCAUCACCCCAUGAGGCUCCAGGAGGCUGAAGGACGCCCGUCACUCUGGAACGAUUGUGUUUGCUGAAGACUUUGAUCUGUGAAAAAACAGAGAACCAGAACCAUCAGCUCAUCCCAUGUGGAUUCAUGAGGCUUUCCACAAACAUUAUUUUUCAUGCUGUGUUUGGUGCUUCUGGCUGAAAGAAAAAAAAAGUGUCAUUUGUUGCAAUGAAAGAUGCAAUUUGCUUUCUUAAUUCAGUGUUCCCAGUGUUCCCCUUUAACACUGGAGCUCCAGUGUUUAUAUUCUUUGAUUUACUGUAACUUUUCAACCGUUAAUUCAAUAAUUCCAAUUGAGCCGCUUUUCUCCUUCAGAAUCUACUGGAGUUGAUCGUGCUAACAAUUAAAACCUUACAAUAUGUUAAAGAUUUUUGCCUCAGGUGUUAAAGGGUUAACUGAUUGGCUGCAGACAUUGUAAAUCGAUCUCCUCUGCAGAAUGCAUUCAGUUUUCCACAUUUACAUAAAUCUUUGAUUGUGAUUAGAUCUUCGUUUUCAUUCCAUAAAUGUGUUUUUCUAUGAAAUUUUGAACUUUGGGAGUUUAAAUAAGAGAGCAAAGUGUGAAAAUAUUCAUGUAUGUGAGGAGUUUUACUGCCUUAAAACAUCUAGAAUCCAACUUCAUGGAUUUUACCUAUGACUGAUAUUUUUAGAAUGUAACGCCGGAACACUGCAUUAAUGGAAAGCAUUUAUUUGUGUAGCUUUGAGUUCUAAAGUUUACUGUCCGCCUUUUUUUUAAUAAAAUUAUGUGCAGACUCCACAAGAGUCCAUAGAAAAAUUUUUAUACUUUUAAGGUUAAGUACAAAAUUUCAGCUCUAAAUUAAAAUCUUUGUUUACAGGAUGAAAUAUCGAUUCACAGAAUCCAUUAAUGGGUUUUUCUUUUUAUUUGGUGCCAUAUCUUUUACUUUUUACUCUAUAAUUUAAAGCCUUAAUCAUGUUUGCAAGCGGUUACCUUUUACUUUACUGACAUCACAAACAUAUUAGAAAUGUGAAAAAAUGAGUCAUCAUUAAAAAUCAAAUCAUAAACUGAGACUGAACUUUGUAAAUCUAAAUUGUCUUCAUUCAGAUCAGUUUUUCACAAAUUCCAUCCAUCCAUCUUCUUCAGCUACUGCAGGGGUGUCAAACUCAAUCGCACAAGAGGCCAAAAUCCAAAA